GACUGAUCUGAGCUCGUCUGCUAGCCACAUUUUCCUUAUUUAACCCGAAUUGUUGCCCUCACUUUGUAAUUCUUGUCAUUCAUUCCCCUUGAUUGCAUCCGCGUAAAUAGCCAUCAACUUAAUACAUCCGAUACGCUCCUCAAAGCCGCCGACGUCAGGCAAACGCGUCUUUGCCACAUAUACCACGGAGGACAAACCACAAGACUCCCGCUGCACACCCCACAGCAAACCAACCAUAAUUACAUCAUGUCCGAGGACAACGAGGUCAAGACCUCUGCCGAAGGCGCCCAAGCCUUUGUCGACGGAUACUACAAGAGCUGCUCCGAGCGACGCCAGCUAGCAUCAUACUAUAUCAACAGCAGCGCGCACUACCGGGGCGCAAACAUGCAGGCCGACAUCAGCAUCAACGGCAUGGUCCUCGAGGACCCGACCAAGUUCGAGGAGCUGCUCGAGAAGCAGGCCAACGGCGGCCGGGUCAAGUACGACGUCGAGGGCUUCGACGCUCACGUUCUUAACGCAAACUUUGUCGUCGCGAUGCCCGAGAACCUCAGGCCCGCCCAGCAGGCCGGCCGCACCAGCCGCGACCGCGCCGACCGCGACCACAAGAUCUCCAUCAUGGUCAUGGUCAACGGCGCCGUCCAGUUCGGCGCCGACAGGAGUGCGCCCCGCAGGCCCUUCACCGAGGUCUUUGUCCUGGUGCCCAACUGGGAUUCCAUGGGACCAAAGGCCCAGCGCGGCGCCAAGAGGUUCCUGAUCCUGAGCCAGAACUACCGGGCCAUGUGAAAAGGGGGGAAAGUAUAAGAAGUUUCUCAGACAAAUUACAGCGCCGAGUCGCGGCCGCGCUUCCACAAGAAAGAACAAAAAAGAAUUUAGCUUUUCCUCGCAAAAUAUCACGUGCUUGACUAUGCGGUCAGGUGCAUGGCGCGAGGGGGCGAGCGCCGAGACCGGGCGAUUAAAUGGUUCUUCAGCGUGUUUACGAUACUUGUCCGGCUAUUAGAACAAUCGGAAGUCAUUUCAAUGCGACAAUCCAAUGACCGCAAUAUCUUUGCAGAAGACACGCAGCUAUUCGGAAAACUCAGUGGCUUGGCAGGGCUAUGAAAAGGGGCAUGGAGGACAGGGUCCCACGAAGCCACCAGCACGGCACACUCAAAUCACAAAGCGUGUUUGAUUUCCGUGGAGGGAUGGCUACGCAACGCAAAAUCAAAGCGUGGAGGGAACAACUCCAUUGCCCAAAAGCAGUUGAUGAAGCUACCUACCAUCUAGACUAGAAUAGAGGCGGAGGGUAGCAGGACCAAUUUUCAUCUCCAUACACAGCAAUACAAAAUAUCAAAUACCCGACUUGAAACCCUUUGA